GGAUAAAUCUCCUAAGCAGGCCACCGGAGCGGCCAUGAUAUCUGAAAACAGCCCCACAAGAGGAACAGCAACCUCAGUGCUCGAGCACGCUGAAAAGAUGAUAAGCGAGCACAACACGGUCUUGCAAACAAACUCAGUUCCGCCCGCACAACAAUCUUGCAAGACAUUAUUCAUUCACAUUGCUACCGAAAAUCGUCACGGAAGCUACAUCUACGCAUUCACAACUCACACAUCGGAUGAUUGCCAUACUGCUAUGCGGAAAGCUAUGGAUGCUUGCAACACCCUCCCAAAGCCCAUGUACAUGAGAUUUCUGCGGUUGUUUGAGCCAUUGUUAACCCGUCGUGUGGUUGAGGUGGUGCAAUAUACUGCAGUACAUGAAGACCCUGAAUCAAAAUCCUAUCCAGUACAGGUGUCGAUCAACAGCCGGUUCGAGGACUACCACCUUCUACGCUCCCUUGGAACUAAGCCAAGUCGCGGCCAGUCUUGUAAAACGUUCAUCUCAUCGAAAGCAGGCAAACUACUGUGUACAGACAAGGAGUUCGUACGCGGCGACUCUAUGGCACUUAUGGUACGCCGUAAACUUUCUAAAACUCGCGCCGCGAUCUUUAUCCCUAUCGUACUUUCUAUGUGCUUUUGGAUAUGCUUCGAGGUUGGCUCUUAUGGAAAGGGCUGGCAGGAAGGGUUGAGUGCUGUUGCGGCAGUAUACGCAUUGGUUACAGCGGUACAGGCAACAAUAUGGUUGGUCUUUGAAUUUACGUGA